AUGAAAUCCGGUGCCGUUUGCACCUUGGCCCUCGGGCUUCUCGUCUCUCAGGCGCAGAGUAUCGGAUCUGUCGGCCAGGCCGAGGGGUCGAUCGACACAAGCCCACAGCCAUUCGACCUCAAUGGAUCCAAUUAUACGUACCCGUACCCGGUACACGUGUACAACUUUGAGAGCCAGUUCCAGGAGCUGCAGAUGGCUUUCAUGGACGUUCCUCCGGCAGGAAAUGUGACAUCCAACGGACAGGUUGCCGUUGUAUUUCACGGAAAGAACUUCUGUGGCCCGACAUGGAGGGAAACGAUCAACCAACUCGCGGCUCAUGGGUACCGCGUCAUUGCCGUUGACCAGGUUGGCUUCUGCAAGUCUAGCAAACCCGCAAACUAUCAGUUCAGCCUCCAGCAGUUUGCUUCCAGCACAAGCAGCCUUCUCAAUGCCCUUGAUAUCUAUGAGGUGACCGUCAUCGGUCACUCCCUGGGCGGUAUGCUUGCUGCCAGAUACUCAAUGAUGUAUCCUAACAACGUCACUGAGACCGUUCUCGUGGACCCAAUGGGGCUGGAAGACUGGCUGGAGAUCGGCGUCCCGUACCCGAGCCUGCAGUACAACUGGGAGUCCGAAAACGCCAUGACAUGGAAUUCGAUCAAGGGCUACGAGCAGGCGACCUACUACGUCGGCAACUGGGACCCCUCAUACGACGAGUGGGUGACCAUGUCUGCCAACAUCUACUUCGGCAGCGAGCGCGACAACUACCUCAUCAACCAGGCGCGUGUCGUCGACAUGGUUCUCACGCAGCCCAUCGCGCACUCCUUUGGCCUCCUCCAGACGCGGACCCUUCUCGUUACUGGCGACAAGGACAACACCGCCGUCGGGAAGCAGUGGUCGCCGCCGGAUGUCGCGGCGAAGCUGGGCAACUACUCUGUGCUGGGACCCGAGACCGCGGCCAAGAUCCCGAACUGCACGCUUAUCCACUACCCCGAGCAGGGUCACGCACCGCACCUCGAGGACCCUGAGCAGUUCCAUGCGGAUCUGUUCUCGUGGCUUUCUUGGAGGCCAUAA